AGCACCCAGCCCAUCCCUCUCGUGCCAUCCGCCCGUUUCCAUCAUCAACACCUGCCGUCUCACCACCUCAACCUGUCCCCGCCACCGUCAUGUCUCUCGCUCCCGUCGGUGCGCAUGAUGGCGAUAUUCAUGGCCUCACAUACGCCCCGGCCUUCCUCGACGUCCUCCCCGUCCUCCAACACCGUGCCCCUCCGCACCAGCCCAUCCGCGCGCUCUCUGCGUCCCAGUUCUCCCGCGUGCACCUAGACUAUGCCACCUCACAUGCACCGGACGGCGUGCUCUUUCCCUUCCUCCACGGCCUUGAGGGCAACAACGCUGCCCAGAACGCAUUCUUCGCCGGUUCGCCUCAGGCACACGAUGUUCCUCGCUUCCGCGGCCUCAUCUGGGUUGCGUGUGACGAUGACGACGACGCUAAUACCCCUGCCAGCCCGGACACCGACACCGACACCGAUGACGACCUCCUCGACGACGACGACUGUUCGAGUGCAUCGUCGCUCGAAAGCGUCGAGCCCAUGCCCAUGGAUAUGGAUGUUGACCACCCGAUGCUCAUGGAGCUGGAUGCUGCUCUCUCUGGCUCUGAUGAUUCCAAUUGCCCUCCAUCUGACCUCUCCGCGAAGACCUCACCAGCCGCACUCAGCGUCUCUGCCGGCACGCCACAAUCAACCCCUUCCAUCCUUGUACCGCAUACACCCCGCAUAUCGCGCCGCUCGCCUGCUGUAUUGACGUCCAGCUUCCGUCCACGGGAGCUGCUUCAUCUCCGGAAAAACGAGGACGGAUCCGAGUCGUGCGUGUUCGUCGAACCCCGCGUCCCUGACGGGAUCAGCCUGAGGAACUUCGGUAUACAAAUGCACGUCUUUGCGACUAUCUCAGACAUUGUAGUGUAUUCGCCCAAGGGCAACACUCAUGCCGCAUUCGCGCUCGCGGAGAAGUUCAAGGAUGCAGUCGAAGCGAAGCGGGCGGAGCGCGCUGUUCGGUAUCCAUCGGCGGAUCUUGUCGCUUACAACAUCUUCGUGCUAGAGGCCUCCCCCGCAGAAAUGGAGAAGACGAUGCCUCAUCUCCUGGUGCGCAUGCAAGAUGUUCCGCUCGCGCAUACAGACGGAACAGAUGCGCAUACAGAGGGAGAAGUGCGCUCGGAUUCGGAUACCGAGGCGCUGCUGUGUGCGAACACUGUUGAUUUCGCACGCCGUGAGAAGGAGGAGAUGCGAGACCUUACCCAGGCAUCGGAGAUCAUUUCCAUCGCGGAUCCUGAGAUAAAGACGACCGUUAACCUGGAAACGCUAUCUGGCUCGACGACCGCAACCCACUGGGAGCCUGCGCUUGGGCAGAUCUAUGUGGGCAACUCGAACGACGUGCCGCUCCCUGCUGACCGCCGGAUCCGCGUUCGCCACCCACGCACAUACACAGCGUCAUAUGGCGAUGACGAGGACGAGGAUGUCGAGGAAGCCUUCGACUGGCGCUCCAAUGACCCGAACCUCGGCCUUGGCUAUGACAUCUGCAUUGAAUGCCACGACUUCGCGCCCUUCCCUACUUCAGCGCACGUGCGUGCUGCCGAGGAGCACCUGAGCGCACUCGAGCGCAAGUGGACAGAGCAUUGCGUUGCGGAGCUAAGCCACCUUUCCGACGAGGAGGCGCGCAAGACGCGGAUCGCGGCGCGUCCACCUGCGGGCGCAAGCUCCGUGAUUCAUCUCCCCUUCCCAAGCUCGCCGCCGAGCACGGCGACGAUGAUGAAUGCGCUUGCGCCGUUCAUUGCGUUCCUUGAGGGCUUGUUGCAGCCGCCUGCACCUCUCACGCUCGCUGCUGCCAGAGCGCAGCUCGCGCCGCCACCACGGCCACCGAUGCCGCCGCAUGUGUAUGCCGAGCGCCGUGCGUCUGGUUCUGGUACGGGAUUCAUGCCGAGCUCUCUGCCGCCACCCAGCUCUUUCCCGAGCUCGUUCUUCCCUUCGUCUCCGGUUGCAACUUCGAGCGCAUAUACGCGCACGCGAUCGACGUCUGCGACUUUCCUGUCUUCGUCUGUUCCCUCACCAGCUCCGUCGUCUUCCGGUUCCUCCUCUUCCUCGCCUUCGACUGCGUCGUAUGCUUCCUCCGGUGCCACCAGCCAGACCUCAACCUCUAUGUAUGAGGAGCUCGUUCCGCUGCGCACGCGCCCGUGCAAGAUCCUCAUCUACUCUGCCGAUGGGUACACGGAAUCUUCGGUCCUCGCACUGACGCUUCUGAUGGCGCUUCGCGGGAUCUCGCUGCCAGAGGCGUAUCUCACGCUGCAGAACGAGAAGCGGCGGUCGUUCUUCGUGUAUCCGGCGGAUCUGCCGGUGCUCAAGAGGAUUGAGGCUCGAAUGGAGCGCGAGAGGGGGAAGGAGAGGAAGGGGCGGGGUGUUGUUCUGGGGUCUCAACAGGAGAAGCAAGUCGACAGUCCCGCUGAGAUUGAUCAAGCUUCUGAAGGCGGCGACGCUAUUGACUGUCCCGCAGCUACUGAGAAGUCGGUCUCGUUUGCGAUACCACCAACUUCCCGGGGACUGUUGACGGCCGUGACUGUUCGGCCGUUGAGGAGCCAGUCGGAGAGCGACAAGGAUUUGGUUGCUCACGGAAUUGUGGGGACUGGCCGGCCGCGCGCGAGCACGAUGCCGAACCCAUCUGCGCUGUUGUCGAUGCAUAACCAUCAGGUGUGGUUCAACGACCCGAGGUUCGAUGGGAGCUUCCCGAGUCGGGUGUUACCGUUUUUAUACCUUGGGAACCUGAACCAUGCUACGAACGCGUACAUGCUGCAUGCGCUCGGGAUCACGCAUGUCGUCUCUGUCGGCGAGUGUGCGCUCAUGCCACCGCCCAACCUGCAGGCGUCCACCUCAGAAUCGUCUUGUGCCUAUGCUGGCGUGAACCCGAACGCGCAGUUCAUCCCAGGCCACGGCCCGCACGGGCACGGCUCGCUCUUUGUUGAGGAGCGCGAGGGCCGGAUCAAGGUGCUCGACAUACAGGGCGUGUGCGAUGAUGGGAUCGACACGCUGGAGCCGCAGUUGGAGCCGAUUUGUGAGUGGAUCGAUAGGGCGCGCCAGGAUGGGGGAAAGGUGCUUGUGCAUUGCCGUGUGGGCGUGUCGCGCAGUGCGACUGUCACGAUCGCAUAUGUGAUGAAGCACCUGAACCUGCCUCUGGUUGAUGCCUACCUGAUCGUUCGCUCCCGUCGUCUCUCCGUCUUGAUCCAGCCUAACAUGAGACUGCUGUACAACCUGCUCGGAUGGGAGGUCAAGCUGGCGCGCCAGCGCGCAGGCGAUAACGAGCGCAAGCUCCAGGGUGAACUCGCGCGGAGUCUCAACUGGCCAUACCUCGCGAAGGAAGUGCACGCGCUCAACGAGAAGUAUCUGCACUAGUCCGCGGGCCAUAGAGCCUAUCUGUGCUUCCUUCGCUGCUUCGAUGGUAGUCUGGGUUGCUGCCUUUGCAUGCUCUGUGUCUGGUGCUGGUUCGAUUGCGUUGCAUGAUAUCCAUUUCCACUCUUGAUCUCCCCGGGAGAGACACGCUAUUCCCGAUCCGAGACGAUACUCGCCGCAUUCCUCGCCAUCGCCGCAUGUGCAAUCUGUAUAAUCAUUGUAGCAAGGAAACAAGCAAGCAUCUCGUCGAAAGUAUUGUAAUACCAUUUGUAUGUCUCUCUCAUUGUGCAUCGCGUCCCCUCCCCCCUCCCUCUGUGU